ACAAUAUGCUUUUUGUACUUACUCGAUUUAGCAACUAAUUGUAUAUCAAGUGUAAACCAACAACUGAAAAUCCGAAACCACCCAAAUCUAAACCAACUUUUUCCGCUAAUAAAAACGGUUUGGAAUGCUUUAUAGUUUAUACCGUCCAAAAUGAGCAAGGAAAAUGAUAUCGUUGAGUUAACCCAGAACUCAGAUUGGGCCGAGUUGACUCGAGAGUGCUUAAUCGACAUCCUUUCACGUCUGGAAUUGGAGAAACGAUGGAAGGGACCUAUGCUGGUCUGCAAGCCAUGGAUGGAAGCCUGCAGGGAUCCUUCCCUUAACUCUGUCCUCAAUCUUGAACCCUAUUUUGAAUUAUCCGCUGAGUCAAUUCGCUGGUGGACCCCCGAGUUUGAGAGAAGAAUCGACGGAAUUCUCCUGUCUGUAUCCAAUUGGAGUCAUGGAUUGUUGACUGAGAUCCGUGUUAGGCAUUGCUCUGAUCAUGCGCUAAUUUUUGUUGCUCAAAGAUGUCCAAAACUUGAGGUUUUGUCGAUCAAAAGCAGCCAAAGCGUCUCAGAUGUGGGUUUAACUGAGGUAGCAAGGAGCUGCCCUAUGCUGAAAGAACUCGAUAUCAGCUUCUGCCAUGAGAUCUCUCAUGAAUCUAUAUCAUCAAUCGGGAAAAGUUGUCCCGAAAUAAAAGUACUCAACCGGAAUCUCAUGAAUUGGUUGGACCCUUCACAGCAUAAGGAUAUAGUACCAACAGAAUACCUUAAUGCUUGCCCACAAGAUGGCGAUACCGAAGCUGCUGCCAUUGCUAAAUAUAUGCUAAACUUGGAGCAUCUUGAGCUUAGGUUUUCCAAGUUGUCGGGUAGAGGCCUUGCUUUGAUUACUGAAAGCUGUUUGAAACUCGAAUUUCUCGAUUUGAAUGGGUGUGCAAACUUGACUAGUCGUGAAAUUGUCAAUUGUUGCUCACAUUUGAAGAACUUGAAGACAAUUAUAAAGCCAAAUUUCUAUAUACCAAGAGCGGUAUAUCACACCGAGAGGUAUGGUCAUUGGCGCUUGUAUGAUGAACGAUUUCAGACUGAUGUGUUUAGGAUAUAAUUGCUGAUUUGGGUCGUUGAUUGGUUUUCGAAUUAGAUGAUUCAAGUCAGAUCAUUUUCGGGUAUAGUGUGUUUGAGUUGCUACGUUAAUAUAAUUUCAUUUAUAUGUAUGUGUCUGCUUUGAGUUGGUUAUCUAGCCUGUAUGUUAAAUUUUAACCAAAUUGAACACUUCUAUUUUAUUUGUUGAAACUUUUGAUAAUAAUGUAAAGCCUCAUUCUGAUACUGCUUUUGUAAAAUAUGUUCUCAACAAAUGCCAAAUCAUUCUUUACUUA